UCUCCUCCCUUUCUCACAGCCCGUGCGUAAUGGUAGAGCGGAGGAUGAACUCUUUAGUGAAAUGGGCGCUCAUCCUCUUUGUCCUCGUCUCCAUCAUUCUCAACAUCGUCCUGAUCGGCAUCCACUCCAGCAGGGCACCCAAAUGUGCCGCUCAGCGCGUCCACCCGCUGAAGCGCGAACACGACGAGCGCAGCCUCGUGUUCGCUGACCUCACCCAGGAGGAGUACUUGCAGGUCCAGCAGUUCAUGGUCAAGCAGACGGGUUUGGACAUAUCCACCAGCCAGAUCACCAAGCCAUCGGAAAACUUUUUGUUUUUAAUAGACCUUUCUCUGCCUAAGAAAGCGGCAGCGCUGGCUUACUUGGACGGGAAAGGCGCCAGGCCGAAAAGAGAGGCGACCGCGGUGGUCUUCCACGGCGCCCUUGGUAAAAUUAAAGAGUACGUAGUUGGACCUCUUCCCAACCCGACGACCUACAGAGAUGUCACCAAGGAAAGGUACAACACGGAGCUGCCUAUCACGGCGCGCGCGGUCACCAUCGGGGAAUACCACUUGCUUUUCGAAUUUUUGGGUAAGGUCUACGCUAAGCUGGAUAAGCUCUUGAAGGAGAGUUUCCACGCAGAUGCCGCCAACGGGCUAAACGCGUUCGAGCAGAUGCCCCGCGGAGUCCGAUCUGGGGACAGAAAGACUUGGAUAUCUAUGUUCAGGGACAUGAGCGGCAUGUACAUCCACCCGGUGGGCUUUGAGGUGAUGGUCAACCACGAGAGCGUAAACGCGUCCAACUGGAAAGUGGAGCGGCUGCUUUAUAACGGCCAAUACUUCGACACCGUAGAAGAGCUUAAACAGAGGUAUGAAGCGGGGACUAUUAAGAAAAUAGUUUACAAGGUGCCGGAAGACUAUGGCUCGCUGAAACCGAAGGUCAAGCCUCUGCAGGUGGGCCCGCAGCUGUUUUACGCAGAGGGGAAGCGCUACAGCAUCAGCAAGAACCAAGUCCUGUAUCUGGACUGGAGCUUCGCCUUCGGGCUCAGCUCCGUCACGGGCAUGAGGGUUUUUGAUGUGCAUUUCAAAGAUGAGAGGAUAGUGUACGAGCUGAGCGUGCAGGAGGCCAUGUCGGUGUACGGUUCGGUGACUCCGGGUAUGAUGAUGACCAAGUUUCUGGACGCAAGCAUCGGGAUAGGGCGCUUCGCACACGAACUGGUCCGUGGCGUGGAUUGCCCCCACGAAGCCACCUUUGUGGACACAUACCGCUACAUCGAUGUCCCACUCCCGGUUAGAUUUAGAAAUUCAAUCUGCAUCUUUGAGCACAACAUGGGUCAGCCCCUGCGGAGGCACUUCUCUGACUUUUUCCACAACAGUUACGGUGGGAUGGUGAACAGCGCGCUGGUGUUCAGAACCAUCACGGCCAUAGGAAACUACGACUACAUGUGGGACUUCAUCUUCUACCAGAGCGGCUCUGUGGAGGCUAAGGUGCACGCCACCGGUUACAUCUCUUCUUCUUACCUGGUGGAUGGUAAUCUGAAAUACGGACACCAGGUGGCGGACAAGGUGCUGGGGAACAUCCACACUCACUUUAUUAAUUUCAAGGUGGACCUGGAUGUGUCGGGAGUGAAGAAUUUCUUCCAAACGAAAGACAUGGAAUAUGUCAAUGUGUCGCUGCCCUGGAUGCCUGGACGCUAUGCUACUGUUCCUCAGCUGGUGGAGAAGCAACUCAAAACAGAAAAGGAGGCAGCUCUGCGUUACGACACCAAGACUCCUCGCUACCUCCACAUCGCCAGCAACAAGACCAACCGAUGGGGACACCAGCGCUCCUACAGGCUGCAGGUGUUCAGCUUCACCGGAGACCAUCUUCCAGAGAGCCAGGCCGAAGAGAGGGCAAUGUCCUGGGCCAGGUAUAAGGUCGCCAUCACUAAGCAUAAGGACUCAGAACAGACCAGCUGCGGUCUGUACAAUCAGAACGACAUGUGGACUCCAGCUGUUGACUUCAGCAAGUACAUUGAAGACAACGAAAGCAUUGAAGACGAGGACCUUGUUGCCUGGGUGACCACCGGCUUCCUCCACAUCCCCCACGCUGAGGACAUCCCCAACACAGUAACCGUGGGCAACGGGGGCGGGGUCCUGCUGCGACCCCACAACUACUUUGAUGGAGACCCAUCCAUCCAUUCUGCUGAUGGGGUGUACAUUAGCCCGGGCAGAGAGGACAGCUGUGAAGACAACAGGAUGGCCUGCCUUGCUCAAGAGACCUGCAGCCCCGUCUUUGAAUCCUUCACCUACAAUGGCUUCGAAGGAGUCAUGAAGUUUGAGGACUGGGUCUGAUUUAUUGUGUUAGCCCUACAGAAUUCAGAGAUAUGCUUGAGUUUGUAUGUUUAUCCAUCAAAAAGCUUGUGUCAAUGUUAACAUGUUUGUAGAAGCCAUUUGGGCCGAGCUGCACCGGGCGAGAAACUGAGUAAAGGAAUAUUUUUUUAAUAUUUUGAAAAAUAUGUGAACCUGAUUUGCUUCCAAAAGUGUGUGGAGAUGAUCAAUACCACUCUCAUAUUUUUCUGUUAAUUUCAGAGCUGGAGUCAGGAUGUGGUUAGCGUAGCUUAGCAUAAAGACUAAAACCAGCUAGCCUGGCCCAAAGUUUAAAAAAAACCCUCCAAAACACAUCAUUUACCAUGCCAUCUCUCAUGUAUUUAUUCUGUACACACAAAAAAAUUAACAAUAUAAUAAGUGAGAUUUAUAUGUGGUGGUAGGUAUAUAUUUUUUUAACUUUGGAAGGAGCUGUUUCUGGCUGUAGAUUCAUGUGUCUUUUUGGUAUUGUCACCAAAGUAAUUGGUUUUUCUAUGGUCAUAGUUUUACUUUAGUAAUUCCAUGCACUUGUUAUCAUUAGAGUUAUAGGUUAUUUUGCCAACACUAAAUUUCACAUUGGAUUAUUUUACAAACAAAACUAUUCACUGCAAGCUGAUAUUUUAUUUGUGAUCUAUGGAUUGAGAUUUGGCAAGAAAAUAGGCUAUUACCUUACAUCCUUGUUAUAACUUAACUUUUGCUUCUCAUCACUUUUGCUUUUUGCUUUUAUCACUGGAGUCUAAAUGUAUCUGAUUGUCAUUGGGAUUGACACAUUUUUUUGUUUCUUUGGUUUUGUGUUUCACUUAUGACUCAAUGUAAUAUAAACUGUGAUAUAGAAACUGACACUGUAAAGUCAGCUGUGUGUAAAAGCGUGCACUGACACUAUGAUGAUCCAGUCCAAAGCAGGAUCACUCUCUGAUGUGGCUCGGGGCGGGGACUACUGAAUAUCUAACUGUUGUCUGAUUCUUUUUGUAUAAUUUUUCUACAUUGCAGCAUUCUGAGAAAUGUUGAAAGUAAAGGUUUAAUAAGGCUCCAGCUUGUAUGAAAAAGUUAAUCCUCAGUUGAACUAAAAUGUUCAAAAAAGU